AACACUGACACCCCCCAAAAAUCAAAAAGAGACGCUCUGUAGGCAACAUACACCAUUUAGCUUACCCGUAAUGAACAGGUAGUGUUGUGUUGUGGAUUAGGAGUGUUUGCGCGGCGUCUGACAGUGUUGUUGAGCUCUCACAAUGAUCCCGCACGAGCGCUCAGUCUGACGAAACUAACCGGGAACAGGCGAAUUUGAAACUUUUUUUCCUCUUUCUUCCUGUCCGAUCGUGUCUGUUCCAGCCUGUUUCUCUUUUUGGAGAUUUGGAGUUAGAUUACUCCAAAAACACGCGCAAUUGACGGCAACUUUGGUGUCAUUUUACGCGUUAACCGGGACUUUGGAUAAGAGCGCGCGGGAUCUCGCCGGUAUGUUUUUACGCGACUUUAAACGUUCCUCUUCGGUUUCAUCCGUGGUCAUGGGAUUUCAGCUGGAUCUUUAGCUCUGUGGGAAAGACAUGAGCUCUGGAUAUGGGUCUGUGUCUGGGCUCAGAGGUGACAGAGGAGGGAAAGAAGGCGAAGAUCCACAGCUCGCAGAUAGACAGAGAUCUGUACGAGUACGCCAAGAGAGAGAUGAACGUGGUGAAGAUCCUCAUGCUGGGUGCUGCAGAAAGUGGGAAAAGUACGCUGGUCAAACAGAUGAAGAUUAUCCACAGUCAUGGAUUCACUAAACAAGAACUAGCCAGUUUUAAGCCUGCAGUGUUGGAUAACCUCCUGACCUCUAUGAAGUUUGUCCUCCAUGGAAUGGGCGUCCUUCGAAUCAACCUCGCCAACAGCAAGAACAAGGUCCACGCUCACUCCGUUCUCUCGUGUGGCCGUUGUUUUGACGAAGACCAGAUGCUGUUCCCGUUCAUAGGCCACGCCCUCUGCUGUUUGUGGGCGGAUCAGGGGGUGCGGUCGGCAGCAGUGCGUGGAUACGAGUACGAACUUAAUGACUCGGCACUAUAUUUUUUUGAGAACAUGGGCAGGAUCAUCGCCAUCGACUACAUGCCGACAGAAACGGACGUUUUAAGAGUCCGACUGAGAACCACAGGAGUGAUCGAGACUCAGUUCAAAGUCAAACACCUGGUCUUCAGAAUGUAUGACGUUGGAGGCCAGAGGACGGAGAGGAGAAAGUGGAUCAGUUGUUUUCAGGAUGUGAGGGCUGUGCUGUUCGUUGUGUCUCUGAGUGGGUACGACAUGACGCUAGUAGAAGAUCCAUCUAUGAAUCGACUGCAGGAGAGUCUCAAGCUGUUCUCAUCAAUCUGCAAUAACGUCUUCUUCAGGAGUACUUCUAUGAUAUUAUUCAUGAACAAGAUUGAUCUUUUCCAAGAGAAGAUUCUCCACUCCGGGCGUCAUCUGCGGCAUUACCUUCCCCAGUUCAGAGGUGCUGACUGUGAUGUGGACGGUGCCGCCCGGUUCAUCGCCGCCAUGUUCGUGUCUCUCAACGCUACGCCCAGCAAGCUCAUCUACCAUCACUUCACCACAGCCACCGACACCUCCAAUGUGCAGGUAGUUUUCCAGGUCGUCAUGGACACCAUCAUCAAGGAGAACCUGGAGGCCGUGUCUCUGCUCUGAGUUCAGAACAAUUCCCCUUUAAAAACUGAAUAAAGGCUCAUGGAUGAUGCUGAUGCUAUUUAUUAUUUUUCAUGUAGCAAUAACCGAAUACAUGCUAGUUUAUGCUCCUCUUACUUAAACACCAACUAACAGAAUGACAAGAUUUAAUAACUGUCCUGUAUAAUAAUCUCAAUCACAUGUUACGCUGUGGAAGUGUAUAAUAUAGUUUUAAAGAGUAAAUUGUACUGCCCUGGGAGGUCAAGUUGCUCAUCCAUGCAUCCCAUAAUUUUCCACCUGACAUCGCUUCCUGUGUGUACGUUACCAUGGUUAAUAAUCACUUAUAAAAUAACCUUUUCUCCUUGUGUAAAUCUUUGUUCAACAUGUUCUGUUCAGAGCUCGAACACCCUGUUUUUUUUGUUUGUUUUUUUGCGUUAUGAAUCAUGUUUUGCUUUUGACUCAUUGGUGAUGCAAGGCAUUGCACUUUUAUAGUUCUAUAAUUCAAUCUGAAAUGGUUUUGUUGCACCAAAGUGAGCCACACAUCUAUAUGAAGCAUAAUCAUACCUGUAGCAAUUGCAUAUUGUUUUGUAAAUACAUUUGAAAUCAUGUUACUUUACCAUUUUUCCCAUUUAUUCAUUGAUAUUCCAUUGAUGGAUGUAUUUUUGCUGUUUAAAUGCUGUAUUUCGCUUUUCAAAAGCAUUUGAGUUACACUUUUGUAAAUGCAAACAAGCCACUGUGAAUAUAAACAUAAUUAAAAACUAACAUGUUUGA